UAUCUGAGCUGCAGCAGGAGAGGACACAGCUGGGAGAUGAUCCAGGGUGACUGCUACCAGCCGGCUGUUAUGUUGGACUUUUUCUUUUUCUCUUCAGCGGGGACUUGCUGUUUAUGACAUCUUUGCCACCUCAUCCUGUGAUUCUCGUUGGUGUUGUCAGUGUUAAUCGUUCAAGAGCAGAGGGGGAUGGUUAGGAUGGAGUUGUAAAAACUUUACAGCUCAGAGCCAACUUGUUCCUUGAAGGCACUUCUGUGGUGGUCAAAGGGAGAGAUGAAACACCUCCCAUUUGUGUAUUCUGUGGAUCUCUGAAAUCAACAACUCCAAACCAGCUGACCACCAUGAAUGCCUCAGACCCGCUAGUGGCCAAGAACACCCCAUUCUGCUUCUCCAACACCACCCUACCAUUCAAGUUCAGCCCCAGCGUCACCUCAAUCUACUUCUCAUCCAUCUUCAUGGCUUUGGGUCUCCCCUCCAAUCUCAUCGCCUUUAUUGUUCUCCUCAAAUCCUUCCACCGGACAUGUAGCCGCUCACGCUCUUUCUUCCUGAUCUUCCUGGGCGGCCUUGUGAUUACCGACUUCAUGGGUCUCCUGGUCACAGGCUCCAUUGUGGUCUCCUUCUAUGUUACACAUUUUAACUGGCAAGAGAUAGACCCAAACUGUCAUUUCUGUAACUUCAUGGGUAUGUCGAUGGUCUUCUACGGACUGUGCCCACUGCUGCUCGGCGCCACCAUGGCCAUGGAGCGCUUCAUUGGCAUCAACCAUCCAUUCGCACGCUCCACCAGCAUGCCCAAGAGCCGGACUGUGUCCAUGGUGCUGAUGGUGUGGUUCAUCGCCGGCUGCAUAGCUUUGCUGCCUUUAACAGGUCUCGGAAGCUACCACAUACAGUUGCCCGGCUCCUGGUGUUUUUUCAACAUCAGCUCAGAGGGAAAUGACAUGGCCUUCUCCCUGAUCUUCUCUCUGGUCGGACUGGUUUGCAUCGCUGUGUCAUUUUUGCUGAACACAGUGAGUGUGGUGACCCUGAUCAAGGUGUGCUGUGGACAGGACAGGACCCAACGGCGACGAGACCACGAAGUGGAGAUGAUGGUGCAGCUUAUCCUGAUCAUGAUCAUCGCUUCUGUUUGCUGGUGUCCCCUUCUGAUUUAUAUUCUGACCAGCGUGGUGACUUCCACUUCUGUAACACCUGAAAAGAUUUUGUUCUUCAUACGAAUGGCUACCUGCAAUCAGAUACUUGACCCCUGGAUAUACAUCAUGUGUCAAGUGUCCCGACUGAGGCGAGUAAAGAACAAAACAAAGUUGUCCACAUGUAACAAUGGCAUAGCUUACCCACAGUCCACUGCUCACCUCCAUCGUACUUUAAGUCUGUGCUGUCCUUUGCCGGCUACAUCCGCAUUUUCCAAGCAUCUGCUAAUGGAACUCAGCGAGAGACUCGUUUUUGCAUUGCAGUUUACUCUUCACCUUGCAGCUUCCAAAACAUUUCUCAUGAGCUCAUAGAAUAACCAAGAGCAUGCUUCAAUGCAGUUCAUGUCCCAUCUUGUUUUUUUCCCCCCUUCAUUUCACUCCAAGUCAGUUAAUAAACAUUUCACCGAAACAGUUUAAUCCAUUGUCACUGUUGUUUAUUGCCCUUGCACAUUCUUUCAUUUCCUGAAGCAAACCAGAUGGUUUCUCGUCGAAACCACGAUUGCAGACUGUAGCUUUAUUUAGUUACUCGAGCAUUUCUUGAGAGCAGAGCUGCAGAAGUUGUUACCAAAAAGAGUUAAACAUCAAGAAAGUUGCUCCAGAAAAAAUGCAAAUCAAGCUACAGCAAGUUAUCUACAGUCAGGCCUGUUUGACGCUCAGCACUUGAAAUAGUCUCGUUUCCAGCAAACAACAUCAUCAUCGCCGCUCUUCAGCCACUAAGUAAGCCACUAAGCUAACUGGCACUCUGCAAAACUGUGGAGUCCCCGGAGCACCUUUGCCGCUGAGAAAAGUUCACCCUCACAAAAACUGUGGUUUACACUUCAAGAGCCAAGACUUGCCCGCAACAAUUUUUGAACACUUUGAAGUGGAUUUAGGUAACUAUUUUCCUCCGCUGCUUGGAUGUAAACCACAGGAGAACAGGAUUCUGACACCAGCUGAAUUUUGAAUAGGAACUUUAAGCAACACUAAGCCAAUUUGUCAUUCCUAAAGGAGCUUGUUAGCAUGUUUUGCCCUCACAGGAGACUGUUUUGGUAAUGCUAAUAAGGCUAUGCCUCACAUAAAAUGCUGCAGCUUAACUAAAGCAGGGGGGAUAAUUGUUUUACAGCAGCCACUGCCUCAGGAGGGCCAUGGCAAAAUUAGCCCUGUCAUUCCCUUAGUGGACUUAACACAUAGUGAGUGUCCAUUUGCAUUUGCAAUAUUAACUAAAUUCACCUUCCUUCUCUCAUUCCCUAUUUCUAAUCUCUUCUUCUAACUCUUUUAAACUGUAAUUUGCUGUCCCUUGUAAUUUUCUUCUUG